AUUUUGGCUCAAAUUCCCAACCCCUUUCGGUGGGUUGGGAGCUUGCCGUGGCCAUCGUGGGUCACUGGCGCCGCCCGCGCGGGGUCUCCUUCUGGGCGCGGGGCGGCGGUGGGGCCGCGGGGCGCGGCGCGCGGGGGUUGUCCUCCCCCCCCCUUGCUUCCAUGGGCCGCCUUGCUGGUGGCCCGGUUGCGGCCUGGCUGGGGCCAAGCGGCGAGCAGGUCGGGUACCUCGUGGAGGUGGCGGUGCGCGCGGCGGUGGUGGCAGGCGCCACGCCGCAGGUUGCAGCUGCUGACGGAGGUGCGGCGGUGGAGGCAGCGCUCCGCCAGGCGGGUUCCGCCGGGCGCGCCGCCCAGCAGGUGCCUGAAGCUCCCAGGGCGGGGAAUGCGUCGUCGGUGGGCGGCCAUGCAGCGGCUGCUGUGGGGAAGGGCGACGAGACGCUGUGCAAGCCGCCCGAGGGCGGCGAGGGGGCCCAGGACGAGUACGACAUUGGCUCGGUGAUCGCGUCGGUGGACUCCGACUGGGAACGCAGGGACGUAUCUUACGAGGCCCUGACGGAGGUGCGCAGCCUCCAGCAGGAGCGCGACGAGGCGCUCGACCUGGCGUCCGAGCUUGCCGAGGAGUGCAUGGAGCUGCGGGCGUUGGCUUGGCAGGGCAGGUCACUGGCUCCCGUGGACCACGGCGGGCUCCUCGCGGUGCAGGCCGAGGCCGAGGCCGACGGCAUCUAGGCCGAGGCAGAGAGCGGGGACCGUGGCGGCCGCCGACGUGGUGGCGCUUUGUGGGCGGCGCCUGGCGCGCGGACCAGGGCCCUGCCGCGGGAGCUGCGCGCCCAUGGGAGGCGCGGCGGUGGGCCGGCAUGUGGACGGCGACGUUGGCAGGGUGAACGACUUGGUGAAGCAGGUGUUCGUAGUCGACGGCGAGACUGACGAGGAGGCCGACGGCGCCCAGGCGGCUGCAGAGUCGGGGAGCGAGUUCGUGCCAGGGGAGCCCGAGGCCUAUGAAAGUGCAAGGGCAGACCCUGAUGCCGCUGCGCCCGAGAGACCGUCCUCGGAAGGCAGCGAUGGCGUGGCGGCAGCCAGCGAGGCGAGCAUCGUGGCCGAGGUUCGAGCCGCAGGAAAGGGCAAGAGCGAGCAUCGCAGGCGCUGGGCCGAUGACUUGGACGACCAGGUCGACGGCUGCAUUGUGCCGCUGGCUGCCAGCAGUGCCAGCGUCGCCGGCGUUGGCCAGCGGGCUGGACGGCGAGCGCGUGCCCCCCACGCGUCGCAGAACCAGGCCGCGUGCCAGAGGGCGGCGGACGCGAUGGCCGAGCGGAGGCUCGCCGGCGACGCCCUCGUGGAGCUGCCGCCAAAGGCCGCGCGAGGCGCGGCCGUGCGGGAAGGGCGCUGCGCGGUGCCCGGGGGCCUUGUUCUCGUGCCGCCCGACGCGGAGGGCCCGCUUGACGAACCGAGGGGGCCGACCUGGGGCAAGGAGCCGCCCGUGCGGGGCCAUCCCCAAGGCGAGCAGUGGGCCCGCCUGGCAGCCAGGUACAGCAGGGUGCGACUGGGGCCCAUGCACCACCGGGUCCUGGGAGCGACGCUGCAGAGUCUGUUGGGGGCCCAGACGGGGACCAAGGAGCAGAUCGAGCAGCGCCUUCUCUGCCUCGAGGGGUUCGUGCAGGCUCCUGAGGACACAGCAAUGAGAAUACAUUCCACUUGGCGUGUGAACUGAGCGUGGUUGAGGUGAGCAGAGGUCUGCAGUGCAUCUUGCAUCCUGUGAGACCGUUAUGGAUGGCGAGCUUCUGUGUCGCAGCAGUGUGUGCUCGCAGAUCUAAGCUAUUUGUUGGCUCUUGUAUUGCCACCGUCAUAAUAAUCUCAACGCUGCGCGUUCUGCUUGGCACUCAAACUAGUGGCGGAAGAUGGCCGAGGUUGUGGUUGGGCUUGCGAGGGAGCCUACAGACCGCGAGGGCGGGCGCGCCGAGCCCGUCUCUGUGGUCCGUGGGAAACAAAAAACACACAGACCCC